GUCAUUCCCCUAUCGCCAAUUUACAAACCUCCAGUUUCUACAAUGAAGCACGGACGCUCCUCUUUGCCUACACCUACAUCAACAAACUCAUUUUGGCACACGGAGCCGAAUGAGUUUCUGUUGGGUCACCAAACAACUGCAGAGCUGCCCGAAGAAGCCGAUAUCGUGAUUGUAGGCAGCGGUAUUUCAGGUGCCAACGCAGCGAGAUAUCUUAUUGAAGAUGGAAGGGCAGACGGUUUGAAGAUUGUUAUGCUGGAAGCAAGAGAAGCAUGCUGGGGUGCCACGGGACGGAACGGCGGCCAUUGUCAACCGCUUCUCUUUGACCGUGGUCCUGACGUAGCAGAUUUCGAACUGCAGAAUGUAUCUGCCGUCAAAUCGUACAUUGAAAAACACUCUGUUCCUUGCGAAUGGCGCUCUGUGACUGGCUGUCGCAGCUUCUGGACAGCAGAAACAAUGGAAGCAGCUGAAAAGGAAGUCGCGCGCUUGCAUUCAGCGGCACCAGAAAUUGGCAAGCUCGUCACUAUUGUCAAAGACAAAGAGGAGAUGGAAAAACAUCGCGUCAAUCCGGCUGCCAAAGGCAUUACGUUAUCUCAGAACGCAGCGAGCUUGUGGCCCUACAAACUUGUUACCUUCAUCUUGGAACAGCUAGUCAAAGAAGGGAAACUAAACCUUCAAACCAAGACGCCCGUAACAGAGAUCACAUCCUCGGACAACAGCCAUACAAUCCAUACACCACGAGGCAAAAUCACCUCUCCGACCGUCAUCCUCGCCACAAAUGGCUACACCUCUGCCCUCCUCCCUCAAUUCGCAGAUCUCAUUGUCCCUGUGCGAGCUCAAAUGAGCGCAUUAAUCCCACCAGCCAACUCCACCAUUCUUCCAGAUUCCCACGGCAUGGUAGGCGCACCUGGCCAGCCCUUCUGGAACGACGACUACCUCAUCCAACGGCCGUACUCAGACGUCCCCAACCCCGCGGGGCAUCUCAUGUUCGGCGGCGGCCGCGGAGACGGAGCGUAUCCUACGGUGUGCGUGAGCGACGAUUCCGUCCUCGACGAAAAAAUCGCUGCUUACUUGCGCCGCGCACUGCUCACCGUCUUGAAGCUCGAUGGCUCAACCCAGGGACUUGAGGAAUUGAAAGCCGCCAAGGAGUGGACCGGCAUCAUGGGGUAUUCUAGAGAUGAUCAUCCGUGGGUUGGAAAAGUUCCUGGUAAGGAAGGAUUGUGGUUGUGUGGGGGGUAUACGGGACAUGGUAUGCCUAAUGGGACGCUUUGCGGUAGGGCGAUUGCGAAGCUGGUUCUCGGAAACCGUGAGGGGAAGGAGCUGGAUGAGAUGCAGGCGGAGAUGGUGGGUAAGGCUGAGUUGCCUGCAAGUUACUUGAUCACUGAAGAAAGGAUCGAGAAGGCGAGGUUGUUCCCAAUUGUUGAGCGUCAAAACGAUCCCGUCAUCGUAUAG